AUGUACUCCCAGACACGAUCCAUAACCCCAGCUUCCGCCUCUGCUUCGUAUCGUCCAUUACAACCUGUGCCUGGAAGCGGUACAUCAUCAUCAAACAAUCACCAUCAUCAUGGAUUGUCUGUGGGUGUUCAUAAGAUCCAAAGACCGCUCUCCGCUCUCAACACAAACACCAACAACAAUAAUAACAACGGAGCUGGCAUCACAGCAACACGAAGAAAUCCUACUCCAACAGUAUCUCACAACAAAUUGCAACCUACAUCAGCCAUGAACAAGGUUAUAGUUGAGGAGAGAUGUUAUAAAAAGAAUGAGAGAGGAGAACGACAAGUUUCAAUACGGAAGUAUUAUCAAGAAAGAUUUCUAGGUAAAGGUGGCUUUGCACAAUGCUUUCUUUUCAGACAAGUAGGCAAUAACAAGAUAUAUGCCGCCAAAAUUAUUGACAAGCAAUCACUACAAAAGGAAAACGUCAAACAAAAGCUUUAUUCUGAAAUUAAGAUACAUAACUCUCUUUCUCAUCGCCAUAUCGUCAAAUUUGUAAGGUACUUUGAAGAUGAAACAAAUGUAUAUAUUCUUCUCGAACUAUGUAACUGUGGUUCUAUGAUGGAGCUUAUGAAACAAAGACAACGAUUAACUGAGCAAGAGGCAAGAUUUUUUCUUCACCAAUUAUUGAUGGCAUGUUUGUAUAUGGGCGAACAUCAAGUAAUCCAUCGAGAUUUGAAACUGGGAAACUUGUUUCUUACCGACAAGAUGGAAAUCAAGAUUGGAGAUUUUGGACUUGCAACAACUGUAGAAUAUGAUGGAGAAAGAAAGAAGACAAUUUGUGGUACCCCAAACUAUAUUGCUCCUGAGGUUCUUAUGAAUAAGGGACACAGUUAUGAAGUGGAUAUUUGGUCUAUUGGUGUUAUACUGUAUACAAUGCUUGUUGGAACGCCUCCUUUUGAAACAAAAGAUGUCAAAGAAACAUACAAAAAGAUUAAGCAUAACGACUAUGGCUUUCCAGAGGGUCUUGACAUCAGUAACAAGGCCAAAAAUCUCGUACGGAAAAUUUUGAGACGCAACCCAGACGAUAGACCAACCGUGAAAGAAAUCCUUCUGGAUCCAUUCUUUGUGGGCGUAUCAGUUGAUCAGUGCCCUCCAUCUCUAGUAGAAUAUGCUAGGUCUCAUGCCCUUAAAAUUGGAGACUUGGAAGACAACACCAUUCCAGCUUACAGUUCAAAGAACCCUGAACUUCAACAACAGUUGCAAAAGUUAAGGCAACAAGAGCGUGUUCCUUUCAGACAAAUAGACAACAUGCUCCACCAAAGACCUUCAACUAGUGACCACAUGACCACAACUGGGGUUUCAAAGCAACAACAUGCCUUACCCCUUGGUUCCAGCUUUAGACCUCCUUUAGCCACGGUUGCUGUCAACAAUGAAAAUGUUAAUCCUCUUCCUUCUCAACCCACCUCCACCUUUUCGAAACCACCUUCCUCACAUCUUCACCUCAAUUCUCAUCAUACUUUGACAAAGCCAACAACCACAACUCAUGCUUCAGAAGUACCUUCUUCAACAACAAGAUAUCCAACGAGUGAUAGAUCCAACUCUGCUCAACCAACUCAGCCAGCAUUUGCCAUCCCUGAAUAUCGUCAACCUGUACAAACUACAAGUCAAACCUCCCGUUUGCCAACACCAAAGAGAAGAUCGCCAAGCGAAGACGAGAAUAAGAGCAAGCCUAGAACUCCAACAACCAAUACAGAGGCUGCUCUUGAUCCACCCGUGAAGAAAUCGAGAACUCCAUCCAACGCUCCAAUUUCUCCUUCUUCUGGAUUUUCUCCAACAGGUCUCGCCUUGGAUCCAAUUCUUGGUGAUGCAACAGCUGAGGACGACUUAUCUAGCCCUGUUGCUUUAGAGUUACCAUCGGUAUGGAUUGCUUAUUGGGCCGAUUUCUCUUCAAAAUACGGACUUGCUUACAUGCUUAAUACUGGAAGCGUUGGUGCUUUAUUCAACGACUCAACCAAAAUUCUUUUCACACCAGCUACCGAAGAGGUAAAUUAUUAUGAGAGAAAAAUCAGUGGAGAAACCGUAUACGAGGAAAAGACCACGUUUUCUAUCACCAACUUUCCACAAGCAUUGCAAAAGAAGAUUACUCUCAUCAAGUAUUUUACUAGUUAUUUAGAAAAGUUGAAACAGAAUGAAUCUGAACUGCCACCAUUGUCCUCAACUCAGACAGUGGCAAGUCGAGCUACAUUCCAAAAGAACCUGCCUUGCCUUUCACAAGAGCAACAGAACCUAUCUUUGUUAAGCGAUGGCUCAGAACACAACAUGCAAUCAUUUUCCGAUUGA